AUGGGUUCGAUUGCUUCUGUUCUCCAGUGGCACUGUGAACGGUGCACCUUGAUAAAUCCCACGGAGCGAACGAAGUGCGUCAGGUGCGGGACGCGGCGCGAUAGCCUACAGAGUGGUAGACCGAGUGCGCGGGUCCGCAAGCAUUCGGCCGCACGGACCGAUGAAUUGAGUGACAAGAAAUCGCGCAGUGCGGGUGCGGCGGCUGCUGUGUAUCAGGUAAGAAAAUAGUACCCAUUUUCAACACGGCGGCGAUUUUGCACCGAGGCGG